AUGGGUGUGUGGGUGCAUCACAGGAAGGUUCUCGAAAUCGAGACAGAUCAUAUAGAAGACACCGGCACCUUUCUUGCGCUAAUUAUUAUGACUCUCGACAACAAAGACGUCGCCCUUUCGGUGAUCCAUUUCUUAAAGCAGGCCGUGGCCUCUAAGCAAGUCAGUGAGGACUACUCAGAGUCCAUGGAUGUUGCCAUUGAUUGUAUUGCCGAUGCCUUCGAGGUUAACAAGGAUGAUGAUGCAAAGGUUGUAUCAGAAAAACUUCAAGGAAAGACCUUGCUUGAUAUCUUGAAUGGCAAGCCUGUUGCUGCUACCGAGGAGAAGCUGGAGCUGGCCUCUUCAGCUCCGGUUGUGGAUGCUGAGACCAAAACCAAGGCCGACGCCGCCAAGGUUGAAGGCAAUAGAGCCAUGUCUGCUCGUAAUUUUGACGAAGCAAUUGCCAAGUAUACCGAGGCUAUCAACCUCGAUGGUUCGAAUGUGGUAUACUACUCUAACCGUGCUGCCGCAUACUCGUCCGCAUCUCAACACGAUAAGGCUGUAGCCGAUGCCGAGAAAGCUAUUGCUAUGGAUGCCACGUUCUCCAAGGCAUACUCCCGUCUUGGUUUGGCCAAGUAUGCUUUGGGUGAUGCCAAGGGUGCUAUGGAGUCCUACAAGAAGGGAUUGGACGUAGAAGGCGACAACAAAUCUGAAGCAAUGAAGAAAGGCUACGAGACUGCCAAGCGUCGGGUUGAAGAAGAGUUAGAAAAGAGUAUGGGUGGCAAUGAUUCGGUAGCAAGCAGAGAAGCAGAGCUGAGUAGCGCUAGUGGAGCUGGUGCUGGAGCUGGUGCUGGAGCUGGAGCUGGUGGAAUGCCUGAUUUCUCCAGUAUGUUCGGUGGUCAAGGUGGAGGAAUGCCAUCGCUUUCCGAUAUGUUGAGCAACCCACAAAUGAUGCAGGCUGCUCAGGAAAUGAUGUCGAAUCCACAAGCUUUGCAAGGUUUGAUGAGCAAUCCUGCUGUUCGCAAUAUGGCCCAGAAUAUGGGAAUUGACCCCAGCAACAUGCCUGACAUUUCGUCUAUAAUGAACAACCCAAUGCUUCAAAACAUGUUUGGUGGUCAAGGCAACAGAGACGGACAGGGCAGUGAGUGA